AAUGAGUAUAUUGUUGUUGUUUUUUACAUGCAAAAGUGAUUGUUUUUGAUAAAAACGCUUUAUCUGCCUUCCCACUGAAAACUAGUUUGAAAAUUCGAAUACAUAUUUUAUGGAAAAUAGAUGUGUUUAUGUUUCUGGACGAUGCAUCAUGCUACCUUGUUGACAACAUGAUCUAUUGGCGCAGAUUACUGUUCGAGUUGAAACUGGCGCUCCUCCCUCACGGUUUUUGCCCGUUCCGCGUCACGGGCCAUUGACCGUUGCUACGCGGCUCAGGAUAAUAGAACUCCCUCAAGAGUUAACAUUUUGACACGUCAAUUCAUCAGUUAACUACACUGUACAGUACUUCGUGCUGCUACCACCUUUACCUUGUUGAGCAGGCAAAAUAGCGGGGGCCAGGCAAGGGAUUCACCUGGUAAAGGUAGGCCUUAAACUUGAUGACACGAAUUGCAUUUGGGCUAUUUCACAAUAUUAGUGCUUUUUCAGAAUAGGAUUUCUUCUAUCCCACACUAGACUGACUAUUUUAGGUCGACUUGAUGGUCAGUAAUAAUAAGCUGAGUGUAUUAAUCAAAGGCCAGGUUGCUUUCUUGGGUUAAAAUAUAGGUUUAUUUAUGUAACUGGAAAUAACAUAUUUGACCUUUUUUAAGAAAAUUCUGCAUCUUUGAUGCACUGUACACUCGUUAUGACUUGUAUGCUACACUCGUUAUGGUUAGCAAAAAGCAGGUACCAUCAAAAUAAAUCUCUGACCAGGAGUAAAAUGACAAUCUCCAUCAAAGUUGACAGGCUCGACCCAGACAACCAUUCUGCCAUUGCUAAUGCUAUAAAUGCCAAGUUUUCAUCUGUAACCACAUCAUUACCUACACUAAACUUGUCAGACCUAACUGCAUUUUUGUCAGCUAUGCCACUCUCCACUGUUGAACCAUGGGAAAUGCACAGGAAACGACUCUCUGUUUCGACCAGAAAAGCCCCAGGUCCUGACCUCAUCAGUGGCAGACUCAUCAGGGAAGUCGCUGUUGCAAUAUCCACCCACUUGACUGACUUCUUCAAUACCUCCCUGUGUGAAGGAGUGUGUCCACAUCAAUGGAAGGAGAUAAUAGUCCUCCUGCUGAAGAGUAAUCCACAGAGGAUUGAUCAGCUACGGCCCAUCUCACUCACGCCCCUUCUGUGUGAAGGUUUUGUUGCUGAAUGGGCAACACAGGAUAUUCAAAAGAACAACUCCAAACAACAGUUUGGCUGCCUGAAGGGACGACCACCCACCCACUGCCUGUACAGAACAGCAGACACUAGAGGCACCUCCAGCACAUGGGUCCUGACAGACUACAGCAAGGCCUUUGCUCUUGUGGAUCACGCAAUUGCAAUGAAACACCUUUUGCAAUUAUCUGUCCAACCACAGAUCAUGCCAUGAAUUUGAAACAUCCAUUCCUGCCGUAGCCAGGUUACAAGAUCCCAUGAGACUCUAUCCCAGGCCCAAGAACUCUCCUGUGGCCUCCCCCAGGGCACACGGCUUGGUCCAAUUGUUUUCGUGGCUCACGUCAAUGGCGCAGGACCCCAGGCGAGAACAGAAUGGUUGCAUUCGGAAAGAUACUCCCAGUAGUUGGUGAGUUUGGAGCAUUUCAAAAUCGCCUGUUGUUGGCAAUAUCGAUACCCAACAUAUUCAUGGCCUUUCACAUGUUCAGCCAAGUUUUCACAGGUAUGAAUUUUCCUCACCACUGCAACACCGACUGGAUACUCGCCCGUGGACCCAAAUUGACCUAUGACCAACAGAAAAAUCUCACACUUCCAAUGAAUGAUGUCGGGGAAUAUGAGAGCUGUCGUAUGUUCACACCGGUGGACUUGGACUUGGAAACAAUUCAAGAGCAAGGAAUCAACAGCACCAUAUAUUGUACAGAUGGGUGGGUUUACGACACGCCCCAAGGAAACCCCACUCUGGUGACAGAGUUUAACCUGGUGUGUGACAACAAAGGUGUGAGUGAGGCAUCCCAGUCCAUCUACAUGACCGGCCUCCUAAUAGGGUCCCUGGUGUUUGGACCUAUGGCAGACAGGUUUGGUCGUCGCUUCGCCAUCCUCGUUUCCCUGCUCUUCCAAUUGCUGUUUGGAGUGGCCGCUGCCUUCUCCCCCAACAUCUAUGUCUACAUUAGCCUUCGGUUCGUGGUCGGCAUGACAAUAUCAGGCAUUGCCAUGAACACAUUUGUGCUAGGGGCUGAGUGGACCAGUACAUCUAAGCGGGCCCUCUUCACCAUCCUCUCACAAUGUUUCUAUGCCGUGGGGCUGAUGUUGCUGCCGUGGAUCGCCUACGGGGUCCGCAACUGGAGGGCCCUGCAGCUGGUGCUUUCCAGCCCCGUCCUCCUACUGGCUGUCUACUUCUGGAUUCUCCCAGAGUCGGCCCGUUGGCUACUAACUCAAGGCAGGCAGAAUGAGGCCAGGCAGGAGCUCCAGAGGGCAGCUGCGGUCAACAGGAGAGAGGUCCCCCAGUCAUUACUCGACAUGCUGGAGGCUGAGAACACGUCUACAACGGGCAGUAUGAUGGACCUCUUCAAGAUACCCAACCUGAGGAAACGUGCUCUCACCAUGAGCUACAUCUGGUUUGUGACCAGCCUGGUCUACUUCGGUGUGAGUCUUAACGUGGGACAUUUUGGCCUGGACAUCUACCUGACCCAGUUCAUCUUUGGCCUGGCAGAGAUUCUUUCUCGCCUGGGCUGCUACACCCUCCUGGAGCGCCUGGGCAGGAGGCCCUGUCAGGCAGGCACUCUCUUCUUUGGUGGAGCAGCUUGUCUCCUAAUUCUUGCUAUUCCUGAAGACCUUCCAGUAUUGGUGACGGUCAUUGCAGUGACUGGAAAGUUUGCUAUAGCAGCGUCCUUCACUAUUGUCUAUGUAUAUACUGCUGAACUCUAUCCUACCGUUGUAAGACAGAAUGGUGUGGGUCUGAACUCCAUGUGUGCCCGUGGGGCGGGCAUCCUGGUCCCUCUGAUGCAUCUGCUAGAGGUGUACCACCAGGCCCUGCCCAUGCUCAUCUGUGGCCUCCUGCCCUUCAUCGGCGGGGGGCUAUGCUUUCUACUGCCAGAGACCCUCAACACUGAGCUCCAAGACUACAUAGACCCACUCGUGGAGAAGACAAUAACAUCAGAGAGCGGGACUAUUGAAAACGGACUCGAUGAGGAGGAGAAACCAACUGAAUUGAGGAGCUCAAAAUUCUGAUCACUGUCUGGUCCAUACUCUCUGGAGUAAACAUCCAGAGAUGUUUUAGCCGACAUCAAUACAGGCAAACUUUUAGCAAGCUAAUCAUACUAAAUCACUUGCCCCUGCCUGGUGCCAGGCCCAACAGAUGCAGCUUCAAGCCCAGCAGCCCUGUCUCCCCAUCCCCAUACCCCUGAACCAGCCCUACUCCCAACCCAACCUCCCAAAGGAGGUGGGCAGCAUUGUGUUGAAUGACAUGUCAAUUGGCAUAAUUGCAGGUACUGCAAUGCAUUGAGGACAGGAAAAAUCUCUGACACAGAGGCAGCCAAUAUCAGAGCCUUAAAGGAAGAGAUGCAGGCUCUUAGAGAUGGAUGGGAGUCUCUCCUGUCUGAGGAAACACUGAUUGCUACGCAAAUGAACGUUGCACCUCAAUUUAGCAAGGAACUCAGCCGCCAAAGGAAAAGGAAGAGAUUACAUGAUGAGACCUCUCAAGAGGAGACAGCUCAGGACAGUGCAACAACGGUGUUUUUUUUACUGCUAUGGACACCAUCAUAAGUGACUUUGACACUAGGUUCCACACCACUGAAAAAAUGGUAGAAUAAUUUUCUGCUGUUCUGAAAGUUGGGCAGAUUAGUGAGGAUAAAGUCCCUUCUGUGUGCCGACAACUGAUCAUGAAGUAUUCCAGAGGUCUUACACCUGAGUUUCAAAAUGAAGUAAGACACCUGAACACUGUAUAUGCUGCCACUUUCCCCCCUAAUUUGUCCCCUCUUGGUCUCCUGAAUGUAAUUUGAAAGAUGCAGCUGCAAAGCAUUUUUGGAGAAGUGUGCAUUGCUUUACCUAUAUUUUGCACACUGCCUGUGACUGCUGGUGGCGAGAGAGCUUUCAGUAAGCUACAACUGAUCAACUAUUUGAGGUCCACUAUGUCCCAGGACAGGCUUUGCAGUGUUGCCAUACUGUCCAUUUAAAGUCAGUUAGCUAGAAAGCUGGACUUCAAGACUUAAUCAGUGACUUUGCUAUUAUGAAGGUUAGGCGCUGGGCUCUUGGUGAGUAAGGCUGAGAAAGAGCCAGUGAUAACUGUUAAAUGGCAUGGAUAUUCGAUCACUACACACAUGAUGCCCACAGGCUGAGAACAAGACAGAACAGGAUGUAUCUCAAAGUAAUGGCUGGAUUGCCAUAAAAUAUGUUGUGCACAAUCAAGACCCCAAGUGAAAGAAACCUAUUGAUUUGGUGACCACUUGACCUUUCCUCUAGCGCCACCAUCAGGCCUUUUCAUUUCCGUUUUAUUUUCCAUUUUCAGUUUCCACUUUUACAGCAGCUUAUUUUCUAGUUGGUAUGUGUACUUGGUUCAAAAAUCUGCUGCUGAUUUUAUUAUUUUGUUUGUGAUAUCAUUCUAUAGAUGAUAAUGUUAAUUUAUUGUAGUUGCAUAGGAUAAUGUAUAUUUAAGUUAUUUAUUUGAAGUUAUUCAUUAAUGUUAAGAGAAUUUUCCAUUCAAGAAUUGUACCAUUAAAUUUUAAUUUAGACUGUAAAAGAUGGCCUUUAGUACAUUUCUUAUAGAGGGUAUCAGUCUUUGAACAAAUAUUGAAUUCCACCGUAUGCAGAAUGUUGCAUGCAUGUCUGCAAUGUGUUAUAUUUUCAUAGCUCACUGUCAAUAUAUAUCGUACAGUAAAUAUUGGACUACAAGAUAGUUGCAAGCCUGCAAAGGUAGAUUUAUUUAAAGCUUUGAAUGGCUCCGAUUGGGUUCUGAAGGUGUGUGGUGACAGCAAUUGCACAAGGUUGGUGUGGCCUGUGGUGAUGGGGCCCAAAAUCCCUGGCUGCGCCCCUGUUGGUGAUACCUCUCAUGAACAGCAGAUGGUGCCAAGUAACUUUUCAAUGG